UACAAAUAAUUGUAAAAAACUAUAAAAUCACUUGUACAACUCUGACAUUUAAGAGCAUGAUCAAGGUCGUUUUUCUAAAAUUUGUAAAUAUUAUUAGAUAGUUUAGAAAUGCACCUAAGCAAUGGCACUCUUUCAAGAUGUGUCAAUAUUGACAUUUGAUAUCAAAGUUUUACAAUAAAAACAAAUAAUGGGAAGAUAUAGCAAUUGAAAUUGAACAAGUGUAUUAUCUUUUGUCUUCUUUGUUGUAAUCACGUGACUUACAUAACGUUUAUAACCAUAAUAAAAAAAAAAAAAUUAAAAAAAUACAAGUCAAGUUUUAUUACUGCAUUCACAUGGCUGAGUUAUUGAGUAACGAAAAAACUGAAACCCACAUGCUGAGUCGAAGUGGAAUCAACGAUAAUGAUAUGAAACUAGAGCCAUUAAGUCCUACUGAAAAAUAUUUAUUUCCAAGAUGUAACAGCACUGGCUCAUUAAAUACUCCUGGAUCAUCAGCGCAUAAUUCUGAAGAUGACGAUAGUGAUAAUCAAAACUCCACUAUAAGCUAUAAGGAACGUCGACGUGAAGCUCAUACACAAGCUGAACAAAAACGUAGAGAUGCUAUUAAAAAAGGAUAUGAUUCAUUACAAGAUUUAGUGCCAACAUGUCAACAUACUGAUGCUUCUGGUUAUAAAUUAUCAAAAGCAACUGUACUACAAAAAUCCAUAGAUUAUAUACAAUUUUUAUUACAACAAAAAAAAAAACAAGAAGAUGAAAGAAAUUCUUUACGUAAAGAAGUUGUUGCAUUACAAAUAAUGCAGACAAAUUAUGAACAAAUUGUUAAAGCACAUCAAACACAACCUGGACAUUCUGAAAUGAGAGUUUCUGAUGAGACUAAAUUUCAAGUGUUUCAAGCAAUAAUGGAUCGUCUUUUUCAGACUUUUAAUAGUAUAUCAGUUGCAAAUUUUGCUGAAUUAUCUGGAUGUGUGUUCAGCUGGUUAGAGGAACAUUGCAAACCUCAGACUCUGCGAGAUGUCGUUAUGUCAGUUCUUCACCAACUCAAUGCUGAAAUCAGCUAAUCAUCAAGAUAAUUAUUCAAAGCAGCUGAGUAUUUUAUUUUUUUUUCCUCGUCUAUUGAUUUUUGAAUGACUACAUGUCUUCAAUAAUACCAAAAUAAAAUCAAACUGGACAUGCUGCCUUGGGGACUUGAAGACUAUUAAGCAUAAUUCAUUUCUUUUUUUUUUAUUUUUUCAAAUUUAAUUAUACAUAUUGUCGUACUCAAAGUAAAGAAGCUUUAAUAUUAUUUUUUGAAUUUUUUUUUAUCAUUAAACUGGCAAAUUACUUGUCUAUUCUUCCUCGGGGUUUUUGAAAUUGUUAAUAUUAAAAAAAGCAUAUGUCCCCUGUGUUAAAAAGUUAAAAAAGUACAAUUAAAAAUCACAAUCGAAAUUCUUUUUCGCUUUAUCGAAACAAUAUUGUAACAUCUCCAUAAUUAUUUUUCUAAAAUUUAAAAAACAACAAAAUUUAUAUAUUUAAAAGUGUGCCUUUGUCACUUGAUAAAUAAUGUGAUUUAAAUUUAAUUGUACAAAAAAAAAAAAAAAAUGUUACCUAUUGUAAAUAAAAUAAUAUACUCUCAUUUUUUAUGUCAGAGUUAUAUUUUUUUAUCGUCGAUAAAAAAAUCAAUGAGAGUUUUCUCAUCAAGAAUUUAAGAUGUCUAUAAGAGUGUUAACUAAUUAUAUAUUAAUAUAUUAUAAUAGGAAAAAAAAAACAAAACAAUUACACAAUAAUUAAUUGGCAUUUAAAAAAGUUAAUUUUAUGCAUAAUAAAAAUGAACAAUUCAUUCUAGUUUUUUAUGUAUAUUAAAUUAAAUCAUAAAAAUAAAAUCAUACGAUUAAUUUUCUAUUUAUAUUUAAAUUACUGGUUAUCAAUCGAUAAAUGCUUAUUACGUACAAAUUUUUUUUCUUUGAUUAUUUAUCUAAUUACAAAAAUAAAAAAAAAUAUUAAAAAAAAUUAAAUGAUGAAAUGGGAUAUAAAUAGUAACAUCGCAUAUGUUAAAAAAAAAAGAUAACCCGGAAAUGUUUAUGAGCAAUGUUGAUAAGCAAGCGAAAAAAUAAUCAUUUAAUUUGAUAAAAAAUAUUUCAAACAUUACGAGGCCAAAUGUAUAUAAAUAUUUGUGAAAAAAAAAAUAAUUAAAUGGUUGUAAUAUCAUAUUAUUUGAAUGACGGAUUUCGAAUGUUUCUUUUUAACUUGAAAAGAAAAAAAAAAAACAAACGAUGAUAGUCCAAGAUUUUUAUAUAAACAUAAUCCAAAG